AUGCGCAGCCUUGCCGCCGGUGCCCGUUGCGCCCCCCGGCGCCUCCUUUUCCAGAAGACUACAACAGGGCCUCUACCGCUAUGGACUCGACAGUCCUACGGCCUCGUUAAUCUGACUGCGUCAACGACAUUACUAUGGCGAUCGUUUAAUCAGAGCGGUGCAGGGCUAGCCCGCCGGCAAGUAGAUGUGUUGGAGGAGCGGCAAAAGGCUCUGGAGGAGGAGGAGAAGAUUGAUCGACGGUACACGCUGUCCGACUACAUGGACAAGACAGGGCGGGACCGUCUGCCACGAGACCACGAGAUCACGGACCCCAAGAUCAUGGUGCUUGACGGGGGAUCUGUUGAGGGUCCUCUGGCCACGCGCUUCGUCCUGACCAAGCUCAACGACGGUGAGUCGCUGCGCAUGGUGCAGCCCUACGUACCGGCCAAGGGAGACGCGCCGGUCCGCUACGCUCUGUGCAAGAUUGUCGACUCGGAGGAGGCGUACCGCGCCGACAAAGAGCGCAAGGAGCGCAAGAAGAAGACGGCCAAGCCCAAGAACAAGGAGGUCGAGCUGUCGUGGAGCAUCAGUGAGCACGAUCUCCUCACCAAGAUGAGGCAGGUUUCCGGCUUCCUGGCAAAGGGUUACAAGGUCGAGCUUGUCGUGGGCAAGAAGAAGGGUAGCCGUACUGUCUCGGAGAAGGAUGGUCAGGCCCUCGUGACCAAGGUUAAAAAGGAGGUUGAGGCGGCGGAAGGGUUCGAAGCGAAGCCCGCCCAAGGUGCUGUCGGCGCCACCCUUAGGCUGUACUUUGAGGGCAAAAAGUCAACAGCGCAAUAG